AAUGGAGGAACAGGAAGAUGUUCAAUACUGUUUUCAAGACAGAAACUCUUCUUGCAGAAAGGCUUUGCUAUCGACAUCUAUCUACAUAACACUGUACAUCUUCUUCUCAUUGAUUUCAGCAGUUACAGUAUUUCUGAACAUACUGGUGAUCAUCUCCAUCUCUCACUUCAAGCAGCUCCACACUCCAACCAACCUGCUCAUCCUCUCCCUGGCUGUGGCAGAUCUCCUGGUGGGACUGAUUGUGAUACCAUUGACGACUGUAGCAUUAAUGGAACCAUGCUGGGAUUUUGGGGAAUAUUUCUGUGGGUUUUAUUUCUAUAUCAGUUGUUUGUGUUCUUCUUUAUCUCUGGGCAGUUUGGUCUUGAUAUCUAUUGACCGUUAUGUUGCUGUGUGUGAUCCCUUAUUGUACCACUCUAAAAUAACAAUAUCAAGAAUGAUGUAUUGUAUAUCCAUUACCUGGUGUUUUUGUAUCAUAUACGAUGCUGCUAUUAUAAAUAUAUUUGUAAAUGUACAGGCAAAUAAGUCAGAGAGAAAAGCAGCAAAAACUCUAGCUAUUGUUGUUUUCACCUAUCUAAGUUGUUGGAUUCCAUUUAAUUUUUAUGUACUUUUUUUUUUCAUUGACAAUUUUUUAUCAUUUAUCAUCAGCUGUCUGCCACUUGCUAAUUCCUUAAUUAAUCCAAUAAUUUAUGCUUUAUUUUAUCCAUGGUUCAAAGUAACAGCUAAACUUAUUUUAACUUUGAAGUUAAGAUGUUCAUAG